GAGUUCUCCAGUGCUGAGUUUAUGUAAUCCAGUCUGCUGCAACGACUUCUCAUCACACUGAGGCCCAGAGAUUUCCAAACAGAGCGUUUCCUGAGCGGUAUGCCCAAUAGGAUGAAAGUUAGUUCACCUCCUCACCUAUAAAAGGUGUUAAGCUUCUGCUUUCCCAGCCAUCGUCUUAGUCUUCUGCUGCCGUCUGAUAUCCAGCCAUGAUCCUCCAGGCUGCUGCGCUCAGCGUCCUCUUCUGCUCUGUCCACAGUUUCACUGUACAGGCUUCUGCUGAAAAGAGUGAGGAGUCAUCUGGCAACAACAUCGAGGACGAUGACUUCAGUGUCUCCACGCUGUUGGAGAAGGCCAAUGUUAAUGUUGGGAAAAACUUCGAUGACCCUCUGGUGAUGUUCGGAGACAUAGCGGUGCCAGAUGGUUUCGAGAACGCUGAUCCCUGCACAGCACGAGGCUGCCUGUGGCCUAAAGCCACCGAUGGCAACGUCUACGUACCGUACCGCAUCUCCAACCA